UGAAAGAAAGAACAGAAGAAAUGGAAUCAAACUCAGCCCUUUAUGCCCCAUGUCCCUCACUACCAAAUGUUCAAGAAAUGGUGAGGACUGACCCUUUUCAGGUACCUGAAAAAUACAUCAGGAAUGAAACAGACAUUACAAAAGAUGCAGGUUUGUGUCCUCAUCUUUCUUCUGAGGUUCCCAUCAUUGAUCUUUCACUGCUCUCAAAAGGGCACAAAGAGGAGCUCACCAAGCUAGACCAGGCUUGCAAGGAAUGGGGUUUCUUUCAGGUGGUAAAUCACGGAGUGGCGACAGAAGUAACCAAGAGCUUGAAAGAAGCGGCGGAGAAGUUCUUUGAACUUCCAUUAGAAGAGAAGAACAGAAUUGCUAUGCCAUCAAAUGACAUACAAGGCUAUGGCCAUACCAAUGUGGAUCAGAAGGUGCUGGAUUGGUCCGACAAACUUGUUCUUGUCGUUUACCCACACCAGUACAGAAAGCUCGAUGUUUGGCCGCCCACUCCAUUCAAGGAGGCUAUUGAGACAUACUCUAGUGAAGUUAGAAGGGUUGGAGAGGAGCUUCUCAGGUCUCUAUCGUUAAUCAUGGGGAUGGAGAAGGAUGCUGUUCUCGGACUACAUCAAGAGUUGGUCCAACCUCUGUCUGUAGCCUACUAUCCUCAGUGCUCAAUGCCUGAGAAAGUACUUGGUCUAAGUGCACACUCAGACAAAGGGAGCUUAGCCAUAGUUAUGCAAGAAGAUGAUGUAAUGGGACUACAAAUCAAACACAACGGAAAAUGGGUACCAAUCAAGCCCAUUCACGAUGCCUUCACUGUGAAUGUUGGAGAUAUUAUUGAGAUAUGGAGUAAUGGGAAGUACAAGAGCAUUGAACAUAGAGUUGUAACAAACGAAAGCAGGGCGAGGAUCUCUUAUUCAACUUUUUGUUUACCACAUCAAAAUGCAGAAAUUGAACCCCUGGAUCAAAUGAUUCUUGCGUCACCGGGGUCUUUUCCGUUGUACAAGAAAGUCACUUAUGGGGAUUAUCUGAGGGAAACCAAGAAGAUGAAAUCUGAAGGGAAGGCACAUGUCGUUGAAGUUGCCAAGAUUGUAAGUUGAAGCAGCAGCAGAAAACAGAGAAAUAAAAUAUCUCAAAUCUUGAUCCAUGACAAUGUAGUCGGAUUGUCGUUAAUAUGACAAGUAUGUCGUUUCAUUGAACUGUAUGAAUAAAAUGGACAUUAUCAUUUGUUCAAUCAAGCAUUCAACAACUUGUCAAUCUAUUUUCAG